AUGGGCUCAGCAUCUCGAGUGGCGAUUGUAGGCGUCGGUGAAGUUGGCGGUGCCGUCGCUUACAACCUCACGUUGAAUUCUGUGGCGAGCGAGUUGCUUCUCGUCGACCUCGACCUCAAUGUCAGAAAUGCCCAGAUCGAGGACCUCUGCGAUGUCUCUUACAGUACUAACAGCAGUACGCGUGUACGUCCAGCCACGUACCAUGAGGCUGCUCAGUGCGAUCUCGUGGUCAUAACCGCUGCAUCUAAACACCUGCUGGGUCAGACAACUAUUGACUAUACGUCUCGGAACACCUCGAUGAUACGUGAGGUGAUGGAGGCAAUGAAGCCCUUCCGAGCUGACACGGUUUUACUCAUUGUGGCAAAUCCAGUUGACCUACUGACAUCUCUCGCCAAGGAGAUGUCGGGACUUCCUUCAUCUCAGGUCAUUGGCACUGGUACAGCUCUCGACACUUACAGGCUUCGAGGGAUGGUUGCAUCUCGUGCUUUGGUUUCCCCAUCUGCUGUGGAUGCAUUCGUCGUGGGUCGCCAUGGAGAAGACCAAGUAGUCGUGUGGUCCGCAGCAACCAUUGGCGCGGUUCCCAUUGACGAUGUGAAAAUGCUGAGCGCUAUCGAUCUCAGUAGGAUCGAACUCAUCUGCAAGCAUCGAUCGAACCACAUCAUACUGGGCAAAGGAUCUGCACCGUUCGGAAUAGCUUCCGUUGCUGCUAGCUUGUGUUGUUCUGUCAUCCUCGAUAAGAAUGAGAUGUACCCGGUCAGUCACUUUCAAGAGGACUACGGAUGCUGUCUCAGCUUGCCAACCGUUAUUGGGAGGAAGGGGAUCUUGCGUUCAGUUCCCCUGGCGAUGAGCCCAGGUGAGAAGGCUGCGGUGAAGGUAUCAGGGGAGUUGUUGAAAGCCAGUGUUGAAUUAAUCCAGCGAGACUGGUGGUGAGCAUUAUUGGCGUUUGUAAGUUUAUAGUCAACAGGUUUAGUAAUUCUAGUCAACGUUCGUG